AUGUCCGGACCAUCGCAUUUGCACCAGGGUGGUUCGGACUUUUCGAGCACAGUCACCGGGCAUAAUGUCGACUUGGGGAAUAAGUCAUUGACUCGCAGAGACACAGCUCAAAUGAUAAAUAACCACAAUUACUAUGGAUAUCCCACAGUCCCGCUGCGAGACCAGGCACAUGAAAAUCGUGGAGAAAAGCGAAAGUGCACCGACAACCAAGAACGAGGUAGCCGCAGUCGGCCACCAAUUGAAACUCUCCUUCAAUCAUUACGGUUCAAUCAGAUCGAUGCUCGGCAUGACAACAUCAGGAAAGCUCACUCGGAAACAUGCAAAUGGAUUCUGAAAAGAGCGGAGUACCUCAACUGGCUGGAUCCCAAUAAGGUCGAUGAACAUCACGGCUUUCUGUGGAUCAAAGGAAAGCCUGGAGCAGGGAAGUCCACUGUGAUGAAAUUCCUUCUCAAUAAUGCCCGCAGAAGAAUGAGAAACAAAACCAUCAUCUAUUUCUUCUUUAAUGCACGGGGAGAACAAUUGGAGAAGUCCACUGCUGGCAUGUACAGGUCACUGUUACGGCAGAUGUUGCAACAACUUCCCAGGCUUUACACUGUGCUCGAACCUGGGCUGGUCUUAGGGAUCAGCGAGAAUCACGAAUGGGGUGUUGAGGCACUAAGAACACUUUUUGAGCAAAUUGUGGAAGGCCUUGGGGAUUCUUCGGUUGUUGCCUUCAUUGAUGCCUUGGACGAAUGUGAUGAGUCAGAAAUUCGCUCCAUGGUGUCAUCAUUCAAGAGUCUAGGCAAGGUGGGCGCUGAGGACGGAGUCAGUUUCCGGGUUUGCUUCGCGAGCAGACACUAUCCUCACAUUACAAUACCAAAGAAGGUUGAGUUAGUUCUGGAAGGGCAAGAGGGACAUGAGCAAGACAUCAUUUCUUAUCUUGACAGCGAGUUGGAGAUUGGAGAAAGCAAACUCGCAAACGAGAUUCGUGCUCAAAUCAAAGAAAAGGCGUCAGGUGUCUUUAUGUGGGUUGUUCUUGUGUCUGGUAUUCUGCAACAAAAGUUUGAUCAAGGACGCAUACAUGACUUAAAAACGACCCUCCAAGAGAUCCCACGAGACCUGUACGAGCUCUUCCGAAAUAUUCUUACUCGAGAUGAUUCCAACAAGGGUGAAAUGCUUUUAUGCAUCCAAUGGGUUCUCUUCGCACGAAAUCCGCUAAAGCCAGAACAGCUUUAUUUUGCGAUCCGCUCACACACAGAGUGCACCACUUGCAAAUGGGACCGAGACGAAAUCACUGAAGCUACCAUUCGUAACUUUAUUCUAAAUUCCUCGAAAGGUCUGGCUGAAGUCAUUCGGACAAGAAUGGAUCCAACAGUUCAGUUCAUUCACGAGUCAGUCAGAGACUUCCUCCUCAAAGACGGUGGCCUCAGAGUUAUCCUGGAUACGAGUGGAGAUAUUGAUGCAGAGAGUCAUGAUAAGUUGAAGAGUUGUUGUUAUAAGUAUACGCAAUCUUACACAGAAGAGAAUGGCUUACCAGAAAGUGACUCUAAGCACCAUCUCUCGGAGACUUGUUUCGCGGCAGACUUUGAGUUUCCCUUUCUGAGGUAUGCCGUACAGAAUACUCUUUAUCAUGCGAAUGCAGCAGAAGAGGGAAAUAUCGGCCAGACCGAAUUCUUCAAAACCUUCCAACUUGCAAACUGGAUUCAACAUAACAAUGUCUUCCAGGAAGGAUAUGUGCGUCGAUAUACAGCUGGCGCAAGCCUUUUAUAUGUCCUGGCCGAGCACAACUUUGGGAGCCUUAUCGAGAGCCACAGAGGAAGCCAGUCAUGCUUUGAUAUCGAAGACGAGCGCUAUGGAGUUCCUAUCCUUGCAGCAAUGGCUACGAGUAGCCGACCGACAAUCUGGAGGCUGCUCAAAAGGGAGACACGCGAACAGCCAACGACAUCACACUUAUACGCCUUGUGCAAUGAAUACGAAAUCGAAAAGAAAAAAAAGUGCAGAAUUGGGCGCAACUUCAAAUUUUACAGACAAAAGGGUCUCAUUUACUAUAUACUACAAGAUGAUGAGCCCAUUGUGGCGUCGAUUGCUAUCGCCUCGUCCAAAGCCCACACACAAUUAAACUUCCGACGUUCUCUCUAUGGCGAGACACUACUGUCAGUUGCCAUGCAGCGGAGUCAUGACGUCUCUUCUACUUUCAGAUUUCUCCUCGAGAACGGACUCGACAUUGAAACUAGAGAUGGGUACGGGCGGACGCCGCUUUGUCUUGCGGCUACAAGUGGGAACACCACUGCUGUAGCUUUCUUACUUGACAAGGGUGCCAAUGUUCAGUAUGAUGAUAUCUCUUUCCAACCACUUAUGCGUGCUGCAAUGUACGGCAAUGAAGAAUGUAUGCGAUUGAUGAUCUCGAGCGGAGCCAGUGUUUCUGCGGCAGAUAGACAGGGUAAGACGGCACUCUUCUACGCCGCAUGCAGCGAAUGGGAGUCCAAAGCGAAGGUGAAUCUAUUGCUUGACCACGGCGCAGAUGUUAAUAGCGCGGAUCACAGUGGCAGGACGCCACUAUCAUAUGCUGCUCAACUUCGUUUCAUCUUUGAUAAGGGUUGUGUCCAACUACUUCUAAACCGAGGAGCAAUUCCUGAUAAAGUUGAUGAGGCUGGGAAGACCGCUCUUUCAUAUGCUGUUGAAGAAAAAACUCGGGACCUCCUAUCCAAUUAUUCUUAG